AUUUAAAAAUACCCACUCAAUUAGCAAAGAGGUUCCUUGGAAUCUUAACAAUUUGGAUCACCAUUGAGGUGAAAGUUCUCAAAGACAGGGCUUCUUGACUUUGUCACUGUCUGCAGAGAUCACAGCGAUGUGUUGCUGUUGCAGUAAGUGAGCAUCAUGAUUUGUGGGUGUCAUAUUUCUGAGGCAAGUGUGGAGAGGCAGAGCACAACACUCCAGUGGGGUGAUCCAGUUAACUUAGGAGGAAAAAGCAAUGUGCACCAAAAAAAUUCCAACAUCCAAUAGCAAAUUUUAUUUUUUUAUUUCUGCUGCUGAGAAUCCUGAAGUGCCUUUCAGUAAGGACAUCUUAGUGGAAAAAAAGCCUUCAAUAACAGUAUCAAUUGCAGUUGCCUUUGCUUGAGUUUCAGAAAGACCCACUAUGCUUUAAAAGGGUAGCAGCUUCAGCAUUUGGCAUUUGUUGCCUCUUAAGUCUUUGGAGGCACGUGUGCAAGUCCAUUUAGCAGCAGCAUAGGAUUGAAGAGAAGAGGCUUUUAGUGAACUCGGAGAAGCUCUCUGAUGUGGAAAGCAUGUAGAAAAAAUACAGUCAUCCUAAUGCAGUGUGACAAUUAUUUGCUCUUGACAUUUGGUCAUACAAUAUUAGAGUUAUUUAGCUUGGAAGGGAUCUUUUGAGGUCAUUGGUUCAAUUUCCUGCUUAAAGCAGUGCUGCCAUCAAGAGCAAGUUACUUCAGGCCUUGCCUGAUUAAGCUUUCCCUCAAAGAAUUUGUAAUGCAGUUGAAAGUUAGGUGCGAAAUUUAGCCACAUUUGGAACAAAGAGUCUCAAGUUUUGGAUAGUUACAGAGUUCUAAGCAGUGUGCAUGAAGCACGCUUAGCUAAGUGGAAGUUGUGUUUCUGUGUUUGGGGGUGGCAAUUCUGGUUCUCCAGUUGUGCAAAAGUUCAUUGUGCACAAUAUAGUGAUUUUUGGAAGAUAGGAAGCAAGCAGAAAAAUAUAUUGCCCUGCAGCACAGUUCUAUUAGUAGCUACAAAACUGAAAUAUUUUUGAAGUAACACUUCUCUGUGCAAAACUAAAAAGACUAAUAAACCACUUUAAAUAAAUAAGUCAUUAUUCAGGUAAGAUACUAACAGCCUUUUAAAUUUGAAGGCAAAAGUCAUGAUUCCUGCAUUCACAGAGCUGAAGUGUAAUCAGUUUUAUUUCUACAUCCUUAACAGCAUGAAGGUCUUCUGGGCAAAACCCACUCUUGUGCCUUACUUGUCCACUAGAUGAAUUAAAUGUAUUCACUCAGUGACGUGUCAAGGUGUCCCCUGUGAAGUCAAGUUUUGGAAGAAGCCGUAGCAUUGUUAUUUGCACUGUCCAGCAUCUGCAGGUCCUGAAUUCUGUCAGGACCUGCAGCAAAACAACUCCACAAAAAGAAGCACCUUCAGUACAAAGAUGAAUAUCGGAAAAGCUUACAGUGCUGCUAACAUCAGCAAUGGAACAGAUCUAGCUAUUGGCUUUACCUCUUCCACAGUAGCCGUCCUUCUAUUUGGGACAAACUUCGUGCCUGUCAAGAAGUUUGAUACUGGUGAUGGCAUGUUCUUCCAGUGGAUUCUCUGUGCCUCCAUAUGGAUAGUUUCGUUGGUGGUCAAUUUGAUCCAGAAUUGCCCCCGGUUUUGGCCUCUGGCUAUGGUUGGAGGUUUUUUGUGGGCUACAGGCAAUGUUACAGUUGUCCCUAUUGUUAAAACUAUUGGCUUAGCUCUUGGUCUUUUGAUAUGGGCUUCUUUUAAUUUGCUGACGGGAUGGGCAAGUUCAAGGUUUGGUUGGUUUGGAAUUGACCCGGAAGAGGUAUCAAGACCAAUCUUAAAUUAUAUUGGGGCUGGACUUUCACUUAUAAGUGCUGUUAUAUUUCUUUUUAUAAAAACUGAAGUCCAGAGUUCUUCAGCUUCAUUAGAAAGCACACCUUUACUGAGAGAAAGUCAAUCUAUUAAUGAUUCUGAAGAUACCACUGAGGACUCAUGGGUGAACAAACUUUCUCCAGCAAAAAGGAGACUCGUAGGCUGUAGCCUGGCCGUAGUAGCUGGAAUAUUCUAUGGUUCCAGUUUUGUACCAGUGCUUUACAUCAAAGACCAUGGAAGAAGAAAUGAAACUCUAUACAUAGGAGCAAGUCAGUUUGAUUUAGAUUAUGUUUUUGCACACUUCAGUGGAAUAUUUCUUACAAGUACCAUCUAUUUUUUGAUGUACUGUGCAGUCAGGAAAAAUAAACCUUAUGUUUAUCCCCAAGCCAUAUUGCCAGGGUUUGUUUCUGGUGUGCUUUGGGCAAUAGCCAAUUGCUGCUGGUUCCUGGCCAAUCACUAUCUCAGUGCUGUCGUCAGCUUUCCAAUAAUUACCGCAGGUCCUGGCCUUGUUGCUGCAAUGUGGGGAGUCCUUGUAUUUAAGGAAAUCAAGGGACUGAAAAACUAUGUGUUACUCUCAGUUUCGUUUUGCAUCAUUUUGGCUGGAUCACUUUCUACAGCUUUUUCUAAAGUUUGAAAGGACCUUCUGGACCAGCAGAUGGUGCUAGUGUUUAACACAAGUAGAACUACAGUGUUGGUAGAUCACAAUACGUAAUGACUUCCAUAAUGUAUGUCCAACAUUUACCCUAACUUGCUUCAGCCAAGUGGAGAAUGAAAAUAUUUGGCAUGAAAGAAAAUCUGGAAUUACUUGUUUUGGUUUUUCUUGGUAUAGUAAGAAAAUCAAAGGACUUUAUUAAUCAAAGCUAAAUGAUUUUAUUAUUACUAAUUAUUAGGUUUUUUUUCAUUCAGGUGCUAAACUUUAUGUCAUCAUAUAUUGGAGUUUACUGCUAUGAUGGUGGAUAGUGAUUUUAAUUUUAGUCUGUAAUACUGUAUGUGUAUGCAAGCUGAUUUGCUUAUUAAAACAUUUUCUUACUGACUUAAAUAAAAGAUAUGUCUUGAAAUAUUUCUUAUGAAACUGAUACACAUGAAGAUAAAGCUGUUCUUUUAUUUAGAAGCAUUAUUGUUUAAAAUCAUUAGUUUACAUUAAAAUGUUAUCUUCCAGUCAGUUCAGACUUGUGAAGGAAAUAGAGUAAAAUGGAUGCUGGAAAAUAAAUUAUGCUUGUUUCACAAUGUUUUUCAUAACCACCACUAACAGGGACUGUUUAUUUUCUUAAAAUAAAUGUGGCAGCUAAUAUGUGCAGAGCAUGUUAUCUGAAACUCCCCUUAGUCUUUUCUUCACUGCAUUAGACAACUCCAGCUUCUGCAGUCUUCCCUUGCUUGUAACUCUUCCCUUGCUUGUAAUUUCUCUUUAUCUUUCCUAUUGAUAGAAUGGUUUGGUUGGAAGGGACCUUAAAGAUCAUCCAGGUCCAAUCCCUCUGCCAGGGACAGGAAUGCAAUUCACAAGGCCACGUUCCUGAGGGCCCCAUCCCAUCAGAUCUUGAACACUUCCAGAUAUGAGGCAGCAGCAGCUUCUCUGGACAGCCUAUUCCAGUCUUUCACCACCACAUCCAGUCUUUCUGAGUAAAGAAUUUCAUGCUAACAUCUAAUCUAAACUCAGCCUCUUUGGGUGUAAAACCAUUGCCACUUGCCCUGUCACUGUGAGCCUGUAUAAAAAGUCCCUCUCCCUCCUUUUUAUACACCACCUUAAGCUUCUGGAGGGUUGCAGUGAGGUUUCUCUGAAGUCUUCUCUCAGUAAGUAGACUAGGUCUGUGUAGAAUACCAAAACAUGGCAGUCAAGCUACAGUCUUUCAAAAACCAAGAACAAUAGCAGUAAGAUUAUGGAUGUUCUUCCCCAUCCAAUUUGCAAGCUCUGUUUGUAGUUACACAUCACAGCUCUCUGCCAUCAUGGCUUGAUACUGUUAACAUGUUUAGAUUGAAAUCGGAAUUUCUCCUUUCUCCCUUCCACCUUUCUUUGUCUGCUCUGCAGACAAAUCUGCACCAGAUUUGAUGUUAUAACUGUUACUCAAUCUUUUUCCUAUCUUGUGUUGUUUAUUCCUGCCUAGGUGUCAUAACUUGGUAUCUGGCAGUUUUUUCUCAUCUAAGGCGUUUCUCUAACUUUGGGCUCUAUGUUAACCUUGUCUUCCAGUAAGGUAGCUGCAAAUAAUAUAUAAAUAAUAAUUGCUAUAAAUACUUACUGAAAAUGCUGCAUGAAACUGGCCUUCACUUACAUUUUGGUAUCUAAUACUUCUUUCUACUUUUCAGGGAACAGUUGAUAAACCUUUGAGCACAAUUUUCCUGUGUCUUGCAGUACUUUUAUUUAGACCAUGUUCUUGGAGCUUUUACAUAACAUCUGAUAGAACUGUUCACAUCAAUGUACAUGAUGUGUUUAUACCCUAAUACCUGAUAUUGAACAGAAAACUGGUAAUUUUUUCUGUCCAGUACCUGGGUCAGGCACAAUUUCUCCUUGAAAGAUGCUUGACUGUUACUUACCUAGCCAUUAUUUUAUUGAGUCAGACAAGGGAAAGUAAUAUAUUCACUGUGUUUUUUAAAUAACUUGAAUUAAAUGGGACAUUUAUUCAUUUCAUUGGUUCUUUUUAAUUUCUUAAAGAUCACAAUCUUAAGAAUCACUUUAGCUAAAGAAAUGUCACUUUUUAUAAGAUAAAGAAAAGAAGUUUGGAUGCAAUAUUCCAGUAUUCCAUGCUGAACUGUAUGGGAGUUAUUACAAAUCUUAUGUUCUGUUCAUCAUCUCUGAUGUUCAUCAUCUCUAACAGCCAUGAUUUUAAAGGCUCGGGAUAUUAGAUUUACUACAGGAAAAAAUCAGUAACCAGAGGGCUUUUCUUCACAAAUAGAAGUGGACCCAGCUCAGCUAUGAGAGAGUAUGUGGUUCUGUGGCUGCCAUUAUUUCCAUGAUCUUGAGUGGCAGCACUACAGACCCUUUCUGCUUUCCCUUCCCCCCCAUCCUCCAUGCAUUCCCUGGAACAGAUGGUCUUGUAGCCUCUGCUGUCUCUCUUGAGGGAUGCACUGAACUUUUAAUAUGGGCAUAGCAUCCAUCUACUGGAUCUGAUUACAGGAAACAGUUAAAUCUCGCAGGGCAGGAGCACCUUUGCAUUUCCUAGGUUUUGUACAAGAUCACUGGUUUUCUGAAAAAAACACUAAAAAUUAAAAAAUAAAAAAUUUAAAAAAAAAA